AUGUCUAAAUCACCAACAUCAACACCUUUACCUAGUAAAGCUAGAAUUUAUACAGAUGUUAACAGCUACAAACCAACAAGAUACUGGGAUUUUGAGUCUCAUGUGGACGAGUGGGGAAAUCUUGAUGCCUACAAGCUGGGACGUAUAUUGGGUGAGGGGAACUAUAGCGAGGUGUAUGAAGGUAUCAAAAAGAAAACAAAACAAAGGGUUGCCAUAAAAAUACUUGAUAGAAUCUCAGAUUCAAAAAUCAAGCGUGAAAUCCAAAUUCUAGAGAAUUUACGAGGAGGGCCCAAUAUUGUAAGGCUGCUAGACACUGUAAAAAGCUUUGAGUCAGGAACAACUGCGUUGGUCUUUGAGUUCCUAUACAGCAACCAUUAUAAGAAGUUAUACGAGAAUUUAACAGACUAUGAUAUACGGUUUUACAUCAAUGAGAUAUUGAAAGCUUUGGAUUUUACUCAUAGUAUGGGGAUUAUGCACCGAGAUCUCAAACCUGAAAACAUCCUCAUUGACCACAGACAAAGAACCUUACGGAUCAUUGACUGGGGCUUGGCAGACUUUUAUCAUCCUGGUCUGGAGUAUAGUGUUCGGGUUGCUUCACUACACUACAAAGCUCCUGAGUUAUUGGUUGAAUAUGAGAUGUAUGAUUAUAGCUUAGAUAUGUGGAGCCUGGGGUGCAUCCUGGCAAGCAUGGUUUUUCAAAAAGAACCAUUUUUCUUUGGUCAUGAUGAUAUUAAUCAGAUGGUAAGGAUAAUCAAUGUUCUGGGAACAGACGAUUUUUAUAAGUACAUUAAAAAGUACCAGAUCAGCUUAGAUCCUCGUCUCAAAGUACACUUAGUAGCACAACCCCGCCAGAAAUGGGACUGGUUUGUGAACAUUGAUAACAAACACCUUGUCAACCCAGAAGCCUAUGAUAUCAUAGAAAAUCUGCUACAAUACGAUCAUCAGUUACGACUUACUGCUCAAGAGGCCAUGCAUCACCCCUAUUUCUUACCUCUCAUCAAGGGUCAGGCAUUACCCGAAACCUAUGGCAAACCAAAAGUCAGUAGGGGUACCAAGAGGAUCAUCAGUAUGCCAGGGACAUCUUCAAUGCCAUCAACUUCAUACGCUGGAUACCACAAUGACUCAACAAAGACUCAUGCUUCCAAAAUUUCUAAGAAAACUGUUGAAAAUUCAACUGAGUCUAAGAAGUCAUAA